UAAAAAUAAAGGACUGGGAGACUUUUAUUUUGAAAUGGAGUGUAACGGUGCAGCUCGAUGGAGGGCGCUUGAUCUCCCGUGUUUUAACACCAUAUAGGCUUCAGCACAGCGAGUGUGUGGACUGCUGAGAUUUAAAACUGCUGACCACUGAAACACUGCAGCAUGGCGGCCGAGCUCUCCACCUCCAUAAACAUCAAAGAGCCUCGCUGGGAUCAGGGCACCUUCAUGGGCAGAGCUAAACAUUUCUUCACCGUCACAGACCCACGCAAUGUUCUGCUGUCUAAUGAGCAGCUUGAGAAAGCACGCAGGAUCAUUCAGGAUUACAGACAGGGUGUGGUGACUCCAGGUCUGACAGAAGACGAGCUUUGGAGAGCCAAAUACAUUUUCGACUCUGCGUUUCAUCCAGACACGGGUGAAAAGAUGCUGCUGAUUGGACGCAUGUCCGCUCAGGUGCCCAUGAAUAUGACCAUCACCGGCUGUAUGAUGACCUUCUACAGGACGACCCCAGCAGUACUCUUCUGGCAGUGGAUCAAUCAGUCCUUCAACGCAAUAGUCAACUACACCAACCGUAGUGGUGACGCUCCCAUUACAGUAAAUCAGCUUGGCACGGCGUACGUAUCGGCCACGACAGGUGCUGUGGCCACGGCUUUAGGACUCAACUCGCUAGCAAAGCACGUCUCACCACUCCUAGGACGCUUCGUGCCGUUUGCCGCCGUCGCCGCGGCUAACUGUAUCAACAUUCCACUGAUGAGGCAAAGAGAGCUGAAGCAUGGCAUUCCAGUGUUGGAUGAGAAUGGGAAUCGUUUAGGGGAGUCUUCGAAAGCGGCGCAGCAAGCGAUCUCACAAGUGGUGAUCUCCAGAAUCCUCAUGGCUUCUCCUGGCAUGGCGAUUCCACCGUUUUUAAUGAACUCCCUUGAAAAGAAAGCGUUCCUGAAGAGGUUCCCGUGGAUGAGUGCACCCAUUCAGGUCGGCCUGGUGGGAUUCUGUUUGGUCUUCGCUACCCCACUGUGCUGUGCGCUGUUCCCACAGAAGAGCUCCAUGGCUGUGAGCCGCCUGGAGCCUGAGCUUCAGGAGAAGAUCCGCUCCAGUCACCCAGGAGUGGAGAGAGUUUACUUCAACAAAGGAUUAUGAGAAGAAAAAUACCUCAUCUCCCUCUCAUCAAACACGACCAUUAAAACCCCGCUCGUCUCAUCGUGUUUUUACAACGUGCCAAAGUUCCGCUCCUCUGUCCCUCCCGUCUGUCCUCGAGGAUGUCCCCGACUCAGCUGUUUUGUAAGAUGUGGUUCAUAGUGACUGGUUUUUAAUCAGGGGAAUAUUUUGGAUGGUGCAGUUCUGUGCUAGUGUUAGAAAAGAAAGACUAUUUGUCUGAAAUGGUGCUCUUUCUGAUUGGCUAUGUCCUUUUAUUUAAUUUAUUAUUUCUUAAUUACAGUGCAGUCUAUCAGUACAUACAAUUCAUUUCAGGUUUUUUUCACAUUACAUUUUUACAUUACAUCGGAUUGGAUUUGAAAUGAAACAAAACAUCAGAAUUAUGCUAGCUUUAUAUCCAGCUUCUUGGCAUCAUAGCUUUUUUCUACACCAUUUCUGGGACCAAAACUACUUCCGAUCAUUGACGUAUCUGCAAAUCGAACAUCACGAUACUUUCGAAACGGUCGAUGACUGCGCUGUAAUUCUGUUUACUGCCAAACCAAAACCAAACCAUCUCCAUGUGCCAUCAGUAAUAAGGAACAAAUGUGCAGGUGUAUUUUCUGUUAGUGUUUUUAUUGAGUGAGUAGUAAUUUUUCGAUGUUCAUGUCUGAAUGAAAGCUGCUUUCGACUUUUAAUUGCCAAAAAAAAAAGUUAAAAGUAUUAAAAGUUUACUUUAAAGGUACACAGAGUAAGAGUUUCCCUUUAAUGUUCACAGUAUUAAGAAAAAGAACUACUAAUAACACUAGUAAUAAUAUGUACGGUAAUUAUGAUUUGCAACGAUUUGGAUUUUUGUACUUUUAAAUUACUUUGUAGUCAGUUAAUUAUAAUAUUAUAAUAAUAUUUAAAGCUAAAAUGAUGGCGAAAAAAAUUUCAUUAAUGGAAUAUGAUGCAAACAUGUGAAAUGUGAAAGAUAUUUUUAUUUUCUCUCUCAACUUCACAUUCGAAAUCUUUUUCUCUCUUUUAUUUUGUUUCUUUUUAGAACCCCAUGGCUUUAUCGGAAAGGCUCAUGUUUGCCUUGAAUAAUAAUAGUAAUAAUAAUAAUAAUAAUAAUAAUAAUAAUAAUAAUAAUUGGUUUACAAGCCGUAUUAUGAGACUCCUGCUUUGUGUACCUUUAAUGAACAAUCACGUGACCUCUUUUACCAGUGCAAUUGAUUUGACACGCCGCCAAAUGAGUACUUCAGAAGAACUGAGCUGUACAUUCAUGGACAAAAAAAAAAAAGAUCAAUAAAGUGUUACAGACUGUAAAGUUCUCUGUAUUUGAAUCAGACAUGAUUUAAUAACAUUGCUCAUGCAGGGACUCAUGGUUCAGGUCAUGGUUAAUGAGUCCCUAUGAAGUGUGUCAAAGUCCAUCGAAACAGCGGAGCAGGUGAUAAUCACAGCAAGCUCACUGUUCACUACGACCUCAUGUGUGUGUUGUUUAGGCCAAAGGUGCACCCUGUUUUAAGUCAUCCAGGUUACCGGUCUGUUGUUGUUCAUUAAUAACUCAUCAUUAACAAUAAUACAGUAAUAAACAUGUAAGGAAGAAGACACUUGUGGUGUGCUGCUAAUGGAAAACAAUCAACCGAGGUUGGAGUAGGUGAUGCGGUUAGACAGAAGACUACUUUCGACUAUUAACCGCACUAAAGUUGAUUAGUUUUCUGUAACAGCAUUUUUACCAAAGUGUUUUUUUUUUUUUACUUGUAGACUUUUAAUCUCUUCGUGUAGCUGAGGAAGCACUCAAGUAUAACACUCUACCUGUAGUUAUACUGACUUUAAAGGUGCAGUUUGUUUUUUUAAGUGUUUCUAGAAUUUCAGAACAACAGUAGCACUACUAACUGUGAUUUACAAUCCCGUGCAAUACAUUUACUUGGUUUGUUUAGCUCAGAAAUCCGUUUUAUGUAUUUUCUGGCCCUGAAAUGAGUUACGCCUCCAGCUGGAACAUGGCUGAUCAGCUCCACCCCCUUUUCUUUUAGGUUUGUUAGUUGCAAACUGCUCCUUUAAUGUGAGGGGUUUAGUGGGUUGAUUUCAUUGACAAUGUCAGUAUUUCAUCCACGUUUUUUUUUUUUGUUUGUUUUUACUAAUCAACCUAGAGUCAGUCAAAUUUUCUAAAACCACACCACUCACACACGAGUCGCAAUGAUUAAAAACUUUCUUGAUCACAACCUGAAUUUCAGCAUGGAUUUGAGCUAAAAAUCUUCAAAGCAUAAAAGAAAAGCUCAGGACAAUUUCAAAAAAACAACCUAAGAUCGGUUUAAACAGAAAUUUGUCACACAAAGACACAACACUACAAAGCUUUACCCAGUACUAUCGUUUAUUUCAUUCUGUAAACUCACACACACUUUGUUUUUUAUCUGUAACUUGAAUUGUGAUUUGAGAGAAAUAAAUCACAGGGUAAAACCAGCUCCAAGUGAAGAAGCACAAUAAACCAACAAUAUUAUUGAUAUUUAAUGAGAUGUUGUAAACUGUAGAUUAUCUAAAGCAAAUAAAUCAUGUUUCAAAAUA